CAUAGACACACCAAUUACACAAUGACUACAGACAGAAAGCCUAUCAUCAAGGCACAGGACAUGCCAGAGGAUGUACAGAAGCAAGUACUCGAGAUUGCCGCUAAGGCGCUAGAAGAGAAUGAUUUGGAGAAGGAUGUUGCUGGGCAGAUUAAGAAGGAGCUGGAUAAGACUCACGGACACACAUGGCAUGUCAUUGUCGGGAAGAACUUUGGUUCGUAUGUCACGCACGAAUCGGGCUUCUUUCUCUAUUUCUACAUCGGCCCAUACGCCUUUUUGAUCUUCAAGACUGGUUGAGCGUAACAGCCAGUUCUCUGUUCCCUAUAUAUAGGUUUUGUUGAUGUAACUGGUCAACUUGUCUGGUUUCAAGUACACUUGGUUAUGCUCCCCCAUGUGUGCCAUGUAUAGACAGUAUUCAAUACCAUUCUGCUGUAACUGAGUUGUAAGCCAGUUCGUCUGUGUCGGGCUGAGCAGCUCAUCCUCAUAGCUCUGAAUCACAUGCACCUCUAUACUGCUGUCCAAUUUGGAUAUGUCCAAGACUGUGCUGGUGUAAUCGUCGUGUGCCUCGCUAACGAAGCCUUCGUACUCAGGGUACUCCUGCACGAGAGUCUUCAAGUCGUAAAUCCCCUCCACCAGGUACAGCUUGUCAACAGCGAUUCCAUGGCUGAUACAGCACUGUAAGGCGAUCGUUGCACCAACUGAAUGGCCCAGUAGCGACACUUUGGUGGCCCCCAGCUCCUGGAUGAUCCGCUC